CAAAGGUCGCCCUACAGCUGAGUCUAUAUUAGUGCUGAUGACCUCAGACUGGUGAAGACACAGAUUACUCUGUUCUUCAAUGUGGAGGAAAUCUGACACUGUUGAUGUUUGAAUGUGAUACUUUAAUUGUUCAGAGCGUAUUCUUUUUUUUUUUAUCUGGCUUGUCUGCAAACGUCGCAAUAGGUCUGACUAUACUUUUACCUGAUUGUUUGACAGAACCUUGUAGUAUGUCGGUUGUUUGAAAUCACGUGUUAGUUCCAGGUAAUGACUGACGUCUGUAGUAGAGGAAGUAAUCACUGACACAGAAGAGGAGACAUGGCAGACAGCAUACCCGGAGGAAUCGUAGCGGCUGCGAGUAAGUUCUUCACACACGCUCUGCUGUGUCUGCAGUUUAAGUCAGAAGCUUUUAGAUUUUCACCACGUGUGUUUUCGAUGUCAGAGAACCGGCUGCAGGUGCUGAAGGGUCUGGAGGAUGUGGAGGUGUCCGAGUGUGAGAGCUGCUCCUUUGAGGUGACGCUCAACCUGGCCUACAUCGAAGGGGUGUGGACCAGGGACGGGAUUCAACUCAAGUGUCGGCCCAACUGUCGCAUCAAUAUGCACGGAAAGAAACACUCGCUCACACUGAACAGAGUGUCUCUGGGAGAUGCCGGCCUCUUCUCCUUUCAGGCUGAUGGUGUUCAGACGUCAUGUCGUCUUUGUGUCAGAGCCAGGGAUAUACACAUAGUGAAGGACCUGGAGGAUGUCGACAUAGUUGAACGUCAACCUGUGACCUUCACGUGUGAGGUCAACCAGGUUGAUGUGGACGGUCGUUGGUACAGAAAUGACACCAGGAUUCGAACCGGGGACAACAUCAAGAUCAGACACCAGGGCAAGUGACCACCACCGUACUCGUUCUAUGCACCCUAAUUUACAUUUUUAGUAAAAUAAUAGUUUCUAUCUUCAUACAGGUAGAACACAUACACU